AGCAAGAGCAAGAGCAAGUGUCGGCUGCUGCUGGUUUGUUUACGAUGCUGCUGAGGCGGCGAUCCACGCUCUCCUUCUCUCACUUAUUGCGUAUCUCUCACAGUGGCGGCGGGGCUCCCACGCCUAACAUAAGCCCCUUUACUGCCAGAACAUAUGCUUUAACGAUACCUCGGAGCAAUAGUGUCAACGAGAGAGUUAGCCAAGAACGGGAGGCCGGCGGCUCGAGUGGUGAGGGUGGUGGGAGAGUGACCCCGUCAAGUGACCUGGCCCUGCGGCGCCUGGUGACCUCCCUGUCCCCGGAACAACAGGCUCUCCUCCUCACCGAGCUUCACCGAACACAGGCAGAAGUUGCUCGGAAAAAGGCUGAAGAAAAGCUUGCAUCCUGGCGUUGGAGGUCUCGGUUUGGUCGCCCCACAUCUUUGUACUCCCCUCAGCCAGACCCAACAGGCACCUAUUGUGCUAUCCCAGAAGAAUGGUUGAGGAAGAAGGCUGCUGAGAAAAACAAGAGCUCUAAACCGAGUGUGGCACAACUCCGACAGUUGGCUGUCCACAACGCUCUACCUUUCAUUGGCUUUGGCUUCCUCGAUAAUCUUGUCAUGAUAGUUGCUGGUGACUACAUUGACACCACCAUCGGCACUGGUCUGGGUAUCAGCACAAUGGCGGCAGCAGCAUUGGGCAACACAAUCAGUGACUUAGCAGGCAUUGGAUCUGCUUGGUACGUGGAGAAUAUUGCUGUUAAAAUUGGGAUCAAGGCGCCAGAGCUGAGUCCUGAGCAGUUGGAGAGCAUGUCAGCAAGGUGGUCAGCCAAUGUGGGUCGUGGUGCUGGAGUAGUGCUUGGAUGCCUCAUUGGAAUGUUCCCAUUACUCUUCCUUUCUGACCACGAGGAGGAAAAGAAGCUAAAAGUGGAGGACUCAUCUGUAUUGAAGUAAUAGUUUGGACAUAUACCUCUUGGUGUUGUUGGACAUAUGGUGCUCAAACUUCAUCUUUCCAGCUCUGUGAUGAUGUGCUGGUAGGGUUUUUCUCACCAGUUAAUUUGUCAAGUCUGUUGCUGUAUGUGUUUUAUUACUGUAGGCAACUAUAAUUGAGUUAUUUAGACGUAGUGUGCUUCUAUUGUUAUCAGUAUUUAGGCAUCUACAGAAAGAAAUAUUAAAGUCCAAAAUCUGCAGUCCAUACAGCUGAGGCAGUCAGGUUGGAAUGAUUUUUUAUUGGCAGACUAUAGAAAUGCACUACAUCAUAGUUACUGCUCCAGAAACCUUACUCUGGAGGGAAAAUAUUGUAUCUGCUUGAAUGGAAAUAUGUAAAAGUGUUUUCAUGUAACCAUUUCACAAAAUAUGGUUUAACAAGACAUAACAAAGUUUGCAUUUUCUGUGAAGGCAGUGCUGUGCAUGUUCUUGUAUACAUAAAUGUAUAUUACUAUUGUAAAAAAAUCACUCAUGUAUUUAGUGUUAAUGUGUUGAUGUUGCUGGGUAGAAUAAUAGCUUUUUUUUGGUGUAAAUGUGUACAGAGAUUAACGUAUAACUGUUUCAGAAGCCACAGCUUAGUUUGAACCACUCACUUGUUGUGCAGUUAUGUCAUCACAGUCAGUAUUAUCACCCACAUAUUUGAAUACAAGCUGAUGUCAUAUAAGGUCUUAACCCUUUCACUCCGGGGGACGUAUAUUCACGUCCUGGCCGCCAACUUUGGCCAACCGCUCCCGUUCGGUGGUCGUGUCUGUACGUCCUACUUGCUACGCGCCACAUAAGGGAGACGUGUAUAUAAGUCCGGUUUAAUUUUAGUAUGCCAUAGCAGGGAUACGUUUUCUGGGAGAUGGAUGGUUUUAGAGAAAACAAUAUGGGUAACAAAAUUAUACGGUAACAAAGAAGAAAUUCUGCUGUGAGAACUUUUGCAGUCUUUUGCAGGCAUAUCUUUAUCUCACACACACACACACAAAGGGAGGAGGGGGUUGAUAAGUUAGGCCUAUUUAUAUCUUCUGUUCCUCUUCCUUUGAGUUGAGUAGCCAUCACUCACCACCCCCUCGGCUCAAGGACGCGGCCUCCCCUCCCUGCCCCUCCUAUACAUCCAUCCCGCUGUCUCUAUUCUCUUCCUUCCUUCCUUCCUCCCUUCAGUGUGAGAGAGAGAGAGAGAGAGAGAGAGAGAGAGAGAGAGAGAGAGAGAGAGAGAGAGAGAGAGAGAGAGAGAGAGAGAGAGAAUGAAUGCUCACACUCUACUUAUCUCCCCCCCCCCCUCUCUCUCUCUUCGUCUCCUUUCGUAUUCCUUCGUGUGUGGGUGUGG